AGCUUUGUUUAUUAUCUUCUUGGCUUGCAUAUUUUCAUUUUUUCCCCUUUUCUUUUUUCCAGCAAUUAUUAGCAUAUUUCAGUUCUGAAUUCUGAGUAUGAAUAUGUUAGAGAUUGCAGAGUCAAAGAUCUGGGAGCCAAGGCAAGAUAUUAAAUGAAGGUGAGGAGGAUGAAAUAAUUUUGAACGUGGAAUGCCAUUACACUCAAGCUAAAGUUGACAGCUGCAUAUUCAAUCUUGGAGAUUGUGCAUACAUAAAGGGUGAUGGAAGACAAAAACAUGUUGGCAGGAUCUUAGAAUUUUUCAAAACAACGGAUGGCAAGGAUUAUUUUAGGGUUCAGUGGUUUUUUAGAGCUGAAGAUACUGUUAUGAAAGAAGAAGCUGCUUGCCAUGACAAGAAGCGUUUAUUCUAUUCUACUUUAAUGAAUGAUAAUUUAUUAGAUUGCAUUAUUUCAAAAGUCAUUGUCAUUCAAGUAGCUCCAACGCUAGGUCUGCAACUGAACUCUUUUCCACGGUCUGACUUUUAUUAUGAUAUGGAGUACUGUGUGGAAUAUUCAACAUUUCGCACCUUGCUGACUGAUUAUUCUGUAGAGAGCUGUGACUUAUCUUUGCGUGAUGACAUUGAGACUUUAAUGAUUACCGCAACUCCAUUGGAGGAAAUGACCCAUUGUGAACCUUACAAAGCUGAGUUGGCAUUAUUAGAUCUUUACUCUGGCUGUGGUGGAAUGUCAACUGGAUUGUGCCUAGGGGCCAAACUUUCAAGUGUUAAUCUUGUGACGAGAUGGGCAGUUGACGCUGAUAAUUCUGCUUGUGAUAGCUUGAAACUGAAUCAUCCAGAAACACAAGUUAGAAAUGAAAAUGCUGAGGAUUUUCUAGAACUUUUGAAGGGAUGGGAAAAGCUAUGCCAAUGGUAUGUUUUCAAUAAUUUAGAUACAACACUUAAAUCUAGAGAAGACGACACGAGAGAAGUCAAAAGCAAUUUAAAUUCUCCAUCUGAUGUUAAGAUCUCUGCUGGAGAAUUUGAAGUUUUGCGCUUAGUUGAUAUUUGUUAUGAAGAUCAAGGCAAAUCAGGCAAGCGUGGGCUAAAAUUUAAGGUGCGCUGGAAGGGAUAUAGUUCAAGUGAAGAUACAUGGGAACCAAUUGAAGCAUUGAGUAACUGCCAAGAACGAAUACAGGAUUUUGUUAGAAGUGGAUUUAAAUCUAAAAUCUUGCCACUUCCGGGUGAUGUUGAUGUGCUUUGUGGGGGCCCUCCAUGCCAAGGGAUUAGUGGCUUUAAUCGCUAUAGAAAUAUUGAUGCCCCAUUGGAUGAUGAAAGAAACCAUCAAAUAGUUGUCUUUAUGGACAUAGUGAAGUUCCUAAGGCCUAAGUAUGUCUUGAUGGAAAAUGUCGUUGACAUUUUAAAGUUUGAUAAAGCUUCUCUUGCAAGAUAUGCAUUAAGUCGUUUAGUAAAUAUGAAAUACCAAGCAAGGCUUGGAACUAUGGCUGCCGGCUGUUAUGGUCUUCCUCAAUUUCGGUUGCGCGUUUUCUUGUGGGGUGCUCUUCCUAGUGAGAAACUACCCCAAUAUCCACUUCCUACACAUGAUGUUGUUGUUAGAAAUUGGCCUCCCCUUGAGUUUGAGCAAAACACCGUAGCUUAUGAUGAAGGCGAACCUCGUGAACUUGAAGAACCUAUCAUUCUUCGAGACGCCAUCUCUGAUCUUCCAGCUGUCACAAGCCAUGAAAUUCGUGAGCAGAUGACAUACGGAAUGCCUCCAGAAACAGAGUUUCAAAAAUAUAUAAGGUUAACUAAAGAUGAGAUGAUGGGAUUUGCACAAAAAGGAGUUAAAGAUGCAAAAAAGGCUAUAUUACAUGACCAUCGCCCUUAUCAAUUGUCCGAGGAUGAUUAUUUACGAGUUUGUCAAAUUCCACACAAAAAGGGAGCAAAUUUUAGGGACUUACCUGGUCUGGUGGUUGGACAUGACAACAUGGUUCGUCGGGAUGCAACAAAGGAGCAAAUGAUGUUACCAUCUGGGAAGCCAAUGGUACCAGAUUAUGUCCUCACUUUUGAACAAGGGAAAUCUAAAAGACCAUUUGCAAGAUUAUGGUGGGAUGAGACUGUGCCAACUGUAGUUACUUUUCCUAAUCUUCGCAAUCAGUCUAUAAAUUGUUUUAGGCAGCAUUACAUCCAGAGCAGGACCGGGUCCUCACCAUACGAGAAUAUGCAAGGUUACAAGGCUUUCCUGAUUUUUAUAGGUUCUGUGGAACAGUUAAAAAAAGGUACUGCCAAGUUGGAAAUGCGGUGGCUGUUCCUGUUGCACGAGCUUUAGGAUAUUCCCUGGGAAUAGCAGUUCAAAAGCUAGGCGGGAAUGAACCACUCAUGACCCUACCACCCAAGUUCACAUUCCAACUAUGCCCAACUGACUAAAAUUGCUUUCUUGUAAACUCAAUAAUAUUUAUCAUUGCAUUCAAUUCAUUGACAUAAUGCGUCAUUGAUAACAUCAAACCUGUCAUUGCUGACCCAUUUUCAUUUUCUCAAAUAUGGUAGCUGCUCCCUAAAAGCUCUACUUUCCCGUUAUCUAUGCGAUGAACUUCUGAUAGAACUCUCUCUCACUCUCCGGCCAAAAUUGUUGAGUUUGGGCAUAAAGUGAAAACUAUAAUCAAUGGAAAUCCCGCAUUCUAAUGGUAUUCUUCUGUUGCUUAUGUCGAAUUUAUACAUUA